CUGCAACACUUAUGUUGCAGCUUGUAAAGCGGUGCCCGUCAAAGCACUUGCAUAAAAAAAAUAUCGUUCUAAAAAAUUAAUUAAACAAUGGCUCUGUGGCGUACGUUGCCACCGAAAAUUAUCGAGUCUUCGAAAAAUCUUACACGUAGCGUUCCAAGCGUGUCCUACCACCCUAACGUUUUGGAUCAUUAUGAAAAUCCGCGCAACGUUGGAAGUCUCGAUAAGAAUGAUAAAACGGUCGGAACAGGUUUGGUCGGAGCUCCAGCCUGUGGAGAUGUCAUGAAACUACAGAUCAAGGUGGAUGAAAAUGGGAAAAUCGUUGAUGCUAAAUUUAAGACCUUUGGCUGUGGCUCGGCCAUCGCUUCUAGUUCUUUGGCUACUGAAUGGGUGAAAGGCAAAACUGUUGAUCAGGCACUGAAAUUAAAGAAUACGGAUAUAGCAAAAGAGCUUUGCCUUCCUCCUGUCAAGCUGCACUGUUCCAUGCUUGCCGAAGAUGCUAUAAAGGCAGCUCUCUCAGACUAUCGUAUCAAGCAACAGGAAAAAACUGAUAAAACAACUGAUGCUGUUAAGGCUUAAAACUGAGAAGGAUGACAUAAAAAAUUUCAAUGUAUAAAAAGUUGAGAACAAAAGUAGAAAUCUGGUGAAAACAGUCUUAUUAGGAUUAAUUCGAACAUUUGGUUGUUGAAGGAUGUUGUCCAAUGUGAUGUAUCUCAAAAGAUGUAAUUAUUUUGUGCAUAUGGACCAGAGUUUUUAAAAUAUAUACUAAUACGUAGUUCAAAGUC